AUGCCUUCUUUCUUCACGCUCUUCACGCCGGAAGAGGACGAUUCGAUUUUGAAUUGGAUGGCCGAGCACACGAAGGACAUAAAGCAGCCGAUUGCGAUGUCAGAGCUCUGUCAGCGAUUUGUGGAAGAAACCGGAACGACGAGGACUUCCAUCAGCGUUCAAAACAGGUUCGAAAUUUGACGCUUCUUAUAUUUUCGCUUUUUCCGAAGAAAGGACUAAUGGGGCUAUUCAGGCUGUGAAAAAAUGACUGUUUUCCGUUUUUUUCGUUUUUUUACGUCAAAAAAUUCAAUUCAGCGAUGUAAAAAAAACGAAAAAAACGGAAAACAAACAUACGUUGAAUAGCCCCAUAAGAGAACAAGAACUUUCACAUUGUUCACUAAAAAGAGCCGUUCACUAAAUUCACUAAAAUUCACUAAAAAGAGACUCACAAAAUUAGUUAAAAAAGUUCAAUUUCUCAUGAAAUUUUCCAAUUUGCUGCAGAUUCCGCUAUCGUCUGGCGCCGAAAAUCCAGGUCGUGGGCGACCUCGACCUGAACACAAGAGUUCGACUGAUUUACAUGACGGGCACUCGCGUCAACGAGCAUUUUCUGCGCGAACUGCGGGCCGACGCGGAGGUUGAGGUGGACGAGAACGGGCGGAUCACAAAGUAUUCGAGCGGGGAACUGAUGCUGGUGCUCCAGAAGGCGUUCGCCAUGAGAAACCGCAAAUCGACGCAAAAACGGCAGAAACCGAUUGCGGAAGACGGACAGGGAACGUCGGAGGAAGUGAUAAAGAGGAAAAGGGGAAGACCGCCGAACAGGGAAAAGCCGAAGGCACCGGCCAACAACGCGUGGGCCAUGGAUUUGUACGGAAAUGAGAUAAACAUUUUAACGGACGGAGAAGAGAGGUGGGACCGAUCUGGCAAGUUACGCCACGUUGACGAAUCACCGCGAAUCGAGGGAGUUUCUGAACAAGAAGCGCCUGGGCAAGAAAGGGAGGAGGAAAAGAACAGUCCGAUGAUGGGAAUGUUCAUGGAAUCGCUGAAGCAGAUGAUCGAGAAGCAGACGACGAUCAUGCAGAGACUUCUGAAGGCCGAAGAGCCGACGACGAGCAAGAAGACCUUUUUGCAGGCCCUUCGGACCCUCAUCAGCGAAAUCGGCGAUCCCGAAAUGGCCGGCACGCUGCAGAAAGUCAAUGAGAGCCUUCAGAUUAUGGGAUACAGCGAUGAGGUUUUCCUUUUCUGCAAUUUUUCCUAAUUUGCUUAAAAAUGACAUUACAGGAAAUCCCCACGAAAUCGAUCCGCGCCGCCAUCGAACAACUUCUCGCCAAAUUUUUAAAUUAA